UUCUGGAAGACGGUAGUUGCGCAGGAGCACUGCUUCAUAGCUGACGUGUUUUGUUCAUACGAUAAAGAUUCAUCAUGGCGGAAGAAAAAGUUCCUGCCAAAGAUUUACAGCAGGCCUUUAAAAGGCUGAAAUCGUCGUCAGCGGAGAAUAAGAUGUGCUUUGACUGCCGUGCAUCUAACCCAACGUGGGCCUCUGUGACAUAUGGUGUAUUUUUGUGCAUCGAUUGCUCUGCAGUCCACAGAUCCCUUGGAGUACAUCUUACAUUUAUAAGGUCAAUUCAAUUGGAUACAAAUUGGACAUGGCUACAGCUGCGUAGUAUGCAGGCUGGGGGCAAUGCAAAAGCAAAUGCAUUUUUUAGACAACACAAUCUGACUACCACUGACGCAGUGGCAAAAUACAACAGUAGAGUAGCUGCAAUGUACAGAGAAAAAUUAUCAUCACUUGCACAAAAGGCAUGCCAACAAUAUGGAACUAGUGUUUUGAACAUUGAUGCCCAUCACCAUACAGCAGCCAGUCCUGAAGAAAAGGAAGCUGACUUUUUUAACGAAUCUCACGAAGCUAGCAGCGUAUCUCAAGUUCAACCUGUGGCCAGCCCAAGAAACAAUACUCCAACAAACAAUGGAAAUUCUGACAAAGAUGCGGAUAAACUUGCUGAUUUUGGCUCAUUAGCAGUGUCCCCUCCUAAGACUUCAGCAACUAAAGAUGCAAGAGUUCCUACUAUUGGCUCAAGAAAACCAAAGUCAGCCGUUGCAAAGAAAAAGGGAGGUAUUGGAGCGAAGAAAUCAGGUCUAGGAGCCACAAAGGUGAGCUCCAACUUUGCAGAAAUUGAGAAUGAAGCUCAGAAGUUAGAUAAAAUGAAAGAGUCUGUACCAGCCGACUCGUCUCCUGGCCCAUCAGCUUCUCUGCAGUACAAAUCACAGGGCAUGUUAAAAGAAGAGCAGAAACUCAAAAAUAUGGACCCAAAAAAGGCAGAGCAGAUGGAGCGAUUGGGAAUGGGCUUUGCAGGGCACAGAGGUGGAAUUGGGCAUUCAGCAUCAGAUAGUAUGAACACAGUGGAGCAGAUCGAUGCCAGUGCUGGUGGCUCAACGUUCAAGGACAGAUACAGUUCUGCCUCGUCUUCUUCUGGCUUCUUUGACUCAUAUGGAAUGGAUGAUUCCUCGCCUCCAUACCAGGAAGAACCGCCACCAUACGAGACUAGUUAUGCUGGCAGAAGCAUGGGCGCUAGAGAUAACGCAGAUUACAGAUCCUACAGCCGAUCUUAUGAAGAAUCAAGGUCAAGAUCAAACAAAAGAGACGUUUCUGAGCCUCCUACAGAGGAGAUCCAAAAGAAAUUUGGAAACGCCAAGUCUAUCUCAUCAAGAGAUGUUUUUGGUGAUAAGAGAGAGGAAGACGAAACUCGUGAGAAGUUGGAUAGGUAUCACGGAUCGAAUGCGAUUUCAAGUGCUGACUUGUUUGGAGAAGAGAAAAAAGAAAAGGGAGGCUCGUUCCGCUCUGUUGAUUAUUCCCAGCUGAAAGCUGGGGUUUCUCAAGUAACAGGAAAGCUUUCAAAUAUGGCCUCUGGAGUAAUUGGCAGCUUACAAAGCAGAUAUAGUGGUUCGAACUGACGACAGUCAAGGAACAUUAGCUAGUAAGAAGUCUCUUAAAUGUAAUACUUUUUGGUAGUUUGUUAAUUUUUUGGAAUUUAUCAAAAGAAAGAUUAUUACGUCCAAAUGAUUGCAAUUUAGCGGAAAAAUCAAGCGGGAGUUUACAUCAAAGGAGUAUUUAAUAUGGAUGAUUAAGAAUCUACUUAAGUGAAUUGCUCGUGCCUAUUACAAGAAAGACACUGAAUUUUUGUUUCUGCAUUGUGUGCUCUCUUUGUUAAACAGCGACGUCAGGUUACGUCUUUAAGAAUUAGAUGCAGCCUUUUUUCGAAUGAGAGGUAAAAUUCCCAGUUUUUAAACAUGCCUUUUGAAAUCAAAUUAUUAUUGUUAAAAUUUAAAAAUUGUUGGGAGAUUCCAUCUAGAAACAAUUAAUAUCAACACCAUCUCUAAAUCUUUUUUAAAUAUACUUCAGUGCUCUUAAUCUAUUAUAUGGAAUUUAUCAUGUAAUUUGGCAAAUCUUGCUUACGCAAUGAUUUCUGUGUAGAACUUCAUGAAAAUUGUUUUGGUAACCAUUCAAAAGUCUGAAUCUUUCCUUUGUACAAUUACAACGAUAUAAAUUUGGAAGUUUUUUGAUUUAACCUUUAAUGCAAAUUGUAUCUGUGUUGCAAAAUUCUCCUUCCAACGUUUGAAAGUUUUUGUCUUCGUGGAUUUUUUUGAGACACUUUUUGUGACGUCAUUGUGAUCCAGUAUCGUUAAUCUCAUGGCUUCUUGUAGUUUAUUACUCAAAUGUGAAUGGAAAUUCUCGAA